AUGAAGGACACCAAAGUGUUAAGGACGCUCCUCUGUGGAGCUUUGUUUUUACUCCACUUAUGCCAGGAUGCCAGAUGCCACAAGGUGUAUAAGGUUGGCCCAGAACCCAUCCCUUGUUCACAAUGCAAAGACUUACGUGAAUGUAGUGCGUGUCUGUUUGAAGAGGAAGAAUCUCCAUAUGCUAUCCACUUGAAGCUAAACAAGAACAAGCCAAAUGACCAUAGCAAUUUGAAGAAGCAUCACGAUUCGCUGAAGCUCGGCGGUGUGAAGUACUACGUGAAGAGGGGAGAAGGAAUUUCUGGCAGUUUAGGUAACCCGUUGGGGAAUACCAUGGAUGAUAUAGAUAGCAUUAACGAAGAGAUCCAGAACAGGAGGAAGGAGAGCGCCGGAGGAGGAAGGAACUUCAUUGAAAUGAGCAAUUAUAAGAAGGAUAGCCUAUCAGAUUACUUUUCGGGUGUGCAGAAGCAUGCGCACUCGGAGGUGGGGAGAGUAAACAUGGGGGAUGAAAAGGGAAGGAGGGAGAACGAAGGAGGUGAGGGAGGUGAGGGACAUGCGAGUGAGCACGCCGACAGAGUGGAAAGGAAUUUCAUCGACCUGAAGAACACAAACGCAGUGGUGGAACAAACAGAAGAGAAUGUCUUUCUAAUCCCGUUAAAGCAUUUGCGAGAUAGCCAAUUCGUAGGAAAACUUUUAGUUGGUGUACCCCCACAGGAGAUCCACCCCAUCUUCGACACGGGAAGUACGAAUUUGUGGGUCGUUACAACAGAUUGUGAAGAGAAAUCUUGCAAAAAAGUUCAGAGGUAUAAUCCGUAUAAAUCGAAAACAUUUAGGAGAUCAUUUAUCGGGAAGAAUCUUCACAUCGUUUUCGGAUCGGGUUCUAUUUCAGGAUCCAUUGGCAAAGAAACUUUCGUCUUGGGAAACCACACAGUACGAAAUCAGACAUUUGGAUUGGUGGAGAGUGAAUCUAACGACAGCUUAAAUGGAGAUAAUAUUUUUGACUAUAUAGACUUUGAAGGUAUUGUAGGUCUUGGCUUUCCAGAAAUGUUGUCUGCAGGAAAGGUUUCCUUUUUCGACAACUUACUAAAGCAGAACAAAAAUCUCUCCCCGCAGUUUUCCUUCUACAUUUCUCCAGAUGACAACACCUCUACUUUUAUAAUAGGUGGUUUGAGUAAAUCUUUUUACCAAGGUAGCAUAUAUAUGCUGCCUGUUAUUAAGGAAUAUUAUUGGGAAGUGGAGUUGGAUGGAAUUUACGUAGGGGAGAAGAAAAUUUGUUGUGAGGAGAAGAGCUACGCGAUUUUUGAUACAGGGACAUCAUACAACACUAUGCCGAGUGCACAGAUAAAAAACUUCUUUGAUGUAGUUCCUUCUGUCGCUUGUACGGAAGAGAAUUAUCAGGAUGUCCUUAAAAAUUAUCCGAUCAUUAAGUAUGUCUUUGGCGACUUGAUCAUAGAACUCAUGCCUGAGGAAUACAUGAUUUUGAAUGAGGACAACUGCAUUCCGGCUUACAUGCAGAUUGAUGUUCCAUCGGAGAAGAAUCACGCGUAUCUGCUCGGAAGUUUAGCCUUCAUGCGACAUUACUAUACGGUAUUCGUGCGUGGCGUGAACGGCAAGCCUUCCAUGGUGGGUGUCGCCAAGGCCAAGUCGGCCGCAUCAGCUGUGAAUUGA